AUGAUAGGAACUGCGGAGUUUACUGGAUACAAAUGGGCGGGCCUGUCGUCCUUCCCAGAAGGCUCGUUUUGGCAUCUUCGUGCGCAGGCGUUUCUCUCAUCUGUGAACUGGGAAGCUCUAUGUGACUACGCAUCCAGCCUUCAUCACGGCGAACGAUGUUCCGUUAAGCCUGAAAUUGCCUUAGGAGGGCGCCAUAUGGUUCGCAUUAUCCAAUUUGAGAAUGACUCUCGCUGGAUCGCUCGGCUCCGGAUGCCAUCUCGACCUACCGGCAAGGCUAACCAUGUCGACAACGAAGCAGCCGAUAAUCUUCUCCUGAAACGUGAAUUCGAUUGUUUACAGCUUGUGAAGGAGCGAACUGCGGUUCCUGUUCCAACGGUGUUUGGGUAUAGUAAUGAUAGCAAAAUUGGAGCACCAGUGAUCUUGAUGGAGUGUUUACCGGGAAAUGUUGGGAUUGACCUCAAUUUUGACUUCAUUCCUCCCAAGUAUAAGGACUCGUUUUUUGAGGAGAUGGCAAAGAUACAGACAGAUAUAUCAUCAAUAUUGUUUCCUAAAAUUGGGUCUAUCAUUCGACUCGAAGACGGGAGCUACGACAUUGGCCCUAUUCCAGGGCUUGGUGGACCAUUUAACACGGCAACCGAGUAUCUCAGAGCCUGGAGUGCAACAGUAAAAUUCCCGCAUACGAAAUCUUUUAUUGAAAAUAACUGUGGGGACCUUGGAGCGGAAGUUGCCCUGUCGACUGCAGAGUUUCCCCAAAGAAUCAAUGAACUGGCGGAGAGGCUCUCCGUUCGGGAUAACGGCCCAUUCCCUCUACGACAUGUAGAUUUUGGGCACAACAAUAUCCUCGUAGACGACAAAUACAAGAUAGUGGGAGUAAUAGACUGGGAACACGCAUUUGCCGCCCCCUGGGAGACUAUAGAUUUUCCACUAACGUUAAACAUGGUUCCGAAGGCGAUGGAUGCUCCGUGGAACUAUGACGACCAUGGGGUGCCUACGGACGAAGAUCUUCGUGAAAGGCUGGUUGAACGGAAAGAUUAUAUAGCUGCUGUAUGUCGGGCAGAGGGCCCCGGGCCGUCGAUACUAUCAAGUAUCUUAAGUGAUUCGAGGGUGCAGGCCCUUGCAACGGCGAUGCGGCUAUAUGCCUAUGAUGGGAAGAUGGGCUUCUAUUCCAAAGUAUUGGACUAUUCAACCAAAGCAUAG